AGGGGCCAUAUAAAACCAGCGGAACACAAGCCACGCUUUAUCCUGCCAGUCUGUCACGCUCUGCGAGCAUUCACAGGAAACACACACAGACUCCCCCAGCGCUCAAACACUCACUUACUUAGCUCUCUCUUUCUCUCUCACACACUCCUACAGGGAAACACACUCAGACACCGGCUGCACUCACAAAGGACUGGAGGAUGGCUGUGUCCAUGAGAAGAAUGAAUGGGUCCUGGCGAGGGUUGACUCUAGCCCUGGUUCUCUGUGCUCUGUUCCUACACAAUGGAGUUCAAGGAGAUGACCCCACUGAUCCCUCUGCUGCACCUGAUACGGACAUCACAGAUACACCCAGCUCUGAUACAGCAGUACUCAAAGAUGCAACCUACAACCCUACAGUCACAAAUCGAGUUCAAAGAGUUGACCCCACUGAUCCCUCUGCUGCACCUGAUACGGACAUCACAGAUACACCCAGCUCUGAUACAGCAGUACUCAAAGAUGCAACCUACAACCCUACAGUCACAAACGACACGGCCACUACCGUCACCGACGCCACAGCUUACGACACUACUGGGAACAGUGCUCCUGGAUCAGACCAGGACACUGCCUUCUCCUCCAUGGUGCCAAACAGUGACCCCUUAGCAGUAGGUGAAUCUUCUGGAACCACGGCUGGACCUGGUGUAGACACACAGGGCACUGAAGCAACUGAUGCACUGGUUGUACCCAAGACACAGGUUCUUGUGAAUCCCAAUGUUGAGUGUGUGGACAAGGAGGCAGUGAAGGACAAGGAUGCAGUCAAGGUGGAGCUUUCUUCAGAAACCAGCUGUUUGGAGACCAAGAGAAUCUUGGAGGAUUCAGCCUGGUGCACAGGGGACUGCAACCUUCAAGUGUUCCAGGAAGAGAACUCUAACACAUUGGUUUUGACACGCGCUGAUGGUGGUGUCAAAGAAUUGUCAGAGAGCCUGGUCAGUGAAGGCAUCAAGGGCCAGCUGGGUGUAGUGGAGGCAGCUCCUCAGUGGGGAACACACACUCCCAUUGUGCUGGUGCCCCUGCUCAUUACUGGCCUGCUGCUGGCUGCUGCCAUCAUCGGAUGCUACUAUAUGAAGAACAACCGUGGACACAAUGCCAAGGGCAUGAGGCUGGCUGAGGAGGCGUACCCAGUCGAUGAGGAGAACCACGGAAACACCCUGGUGUCUGUUGCCCCUCUCAACCCCCCUGAGAUCCUGGAGAAGCCUGCUAACGGGGACUCCCAAGAGGCCGCCAAGACCCAGCCCCCUCCCACCAACGGCCACUCCACCACCAAGACGGCAGACACAGAGCUGUGAAGACCCCUGAGAACACCUGGAAAAGAAUGGAUCAGAUCCCACACCCCUCCUCCAACACCAACCCUUCCUCCCCAGAACACCCCAGAGACCCCAUCCUACCAUGGACAUUAGGGACUAGAACUACCCCUCUUAACCCUCACAUAAACACUCCUUCAGACUCUCUGUGUGCCCCACUUCGACUACAUGCCUCAACAAUUCAAAUAGAGGGACAAUCCCAUGGUAAAGUAGCCAUAAGAAUACAAUGAACAGGUGUUGAUGAUGAUGUGAAUGAUGAUGAUGCCGAGGGCUGUGUCCCUGUCCCUGGGUUGCUGACGUCAUACAGGGCUGGAGACUGGGCCAGGGUUAGUACUGGGUUGUGGGGAGGGAGUGUUGUCAAUCACCAGUGGCUCUAAGACUGCAGCUUGGGUCACAUCAACCAUGUGGUCAUUUUCAAUGCCCAGGAGGGGCCCUGCCUGCACAUGUCAUCAGGUUUUAAGCUUCCUUCCAUAAAUCCUUUAACCAUAAAUUGAAGCACUGCAUCACUACCACUCAAAUUGGUCCUCAGUUGAUCAUAAAAAGGAGAAAAUAAAAUAACACAUUCUUGAAUCUGUUUACAAACUUAUCAGAGUGGAAGCUGAGCUAGUUUGGUUGUGUUUGUGUUAUUGUGUUCUGUGUGUGCGUGUAAGGAGUGUUGCUGUGUGUGUAAAAGCAGUGUGUGUUUGUGCUUGUUUUCUGUGUGUACAGGCGGAUGUGUGUUGGCAUGUGAGUGUCUUUGUGUCCGUGCGAGAAUGUACAUGUGUGUCAGCAAAAAAAUUUAGAAUACAAUUUAUUAAAAUAAGCAGACAAGGUGAUUGCUUGGGGAGAUAGGUCCCCAGUAGUGACCUGGAGAGGGGUCUUCUUUUGGUGCUUAAUGUCAUUGUAUCAAUCUGUAGGAGACGAAGCAGGAAGGAAUUCUCCCCUUCAUUACUGCAAGCUAAACCCAGAUAAGCCAAUGGCCUGACAGAAGUUAGAAAAACUAGAUCCACACAGUGUCACAAUGGUGACUGCUGAAAACCAUACCAGACUUAUGUGUAUAAGGUCUGGGACACAGUGUCGUGUAUAUAAAGAGGUCAGGUGUGCCAGUCCUUUUAAAUAAGUCAGUAUUAUUCUCUUUUUAAUACAUUUGUAACAGUAUAUAAUUAGACACUUAAUACAUACAGUAUUCUACGGAACAAUGUUAUAUAAUAUGAUGUUUCUGUUUGUUUUUCUGUAUUCACACUUGCUUUGUUCUAAGCCAAAGAAAUCCUUUUCACCAGCUUGCCAUGUGGAGAUACUGUAUAUUGUAUAGGGAGGAGGAGUGAUCAUAUGGACAAACUACUUGCUGCUUUUUGUGACAUCAAGGUAGUGUUUGGGUCUCUUUUAGUGUGUGUUAUACAUGCUGUUAGCCUAGUUGCCCUAAUAUAUGUCGUUCAAAGCUUGGCAAUACUACAUUUUUGCAGAAUGGCAUUCUUAACAACCCAGCCCAAUCUAUUGUUAAAGUACACUGUAUACACAGCAGGGUGACUUCUUGUUUACAAAUAUCUACAAGCAGAGAGUCGCUCCGCUGGGUAUGAUGAAGUCAUAUUGCUGACCUUUUAAAUCAGGAACUAAGGGGAAUGUCACAAUUUGCAUUAUACAUAACAUUACAACACUAUGUUUAUUUUUAAUAAAUUCAGCAAAACAGUGAGUACUGCUGGGUAUCUAACUGGAAGAAACUGCCGUUUUCGAGAACAUUUCAGCGCAUAAGUGUUACCUUGCUUUCAGUUCUAUUUUUAAUUAAUUUUCUGUAUUUUUUUACAUUCCAGAAUGACUGUUUUAAUUCUACUAGCAUCCUAAAGUUCACGAUAAGAAUACAUUUGGAAAAUAAAAUACAUUUUUAAUAAAUCA